GGAGAUGGGGGAGGGGGUUAGAGGAGAGUCGGCAGGACUCGGAUCCACACACGCACGGCGAGACUACAGUCCACACAGUACGCACGCGUGUGUACUAUAGUCUACUGUAGUCUACACAGUACACGCACGUGUUUACUAUAGUUUACACUGUAGUACACACGUGUGUGCGUGUGUACUACGUGUGUGUACUAUAGUCUACACAGUACACACACGCGUGCGUGUGUGUACUAUAGCCCACACUAGACACACGCACGUGUGUGUGUACUGCAGUCUAUACAGUACGCACGCGCGUGUGUGUGAUGUAGGCGCAGCGUGUGUGUUAGAUGCGAAGUCUCGUGUGAGGGACACACGGACGCCACGCGGAGACACGAGAGAGAGAGAGGAGAGAGACGGAGGAGAGAGAAGAGAGACGGAGGAGAGAGUCUGACCCGAAGAUACGAGACACGACGGCGGCUGGCACUCCGGGUUCGUUCCGCGUUGUCUGGCGGACGAGACGGGGUGGCGUGGCGAGCGGCGGCGGCGGCGGCGGCGGCGGCGGAGAGUGUGGCGUGUCGCGGCAGCAUGCAUCGCACGACGCACAUCAGGAUGACGGAGCUGAACCCGCACCUCAUCUGCGUGCUGUGCGGCGGCUACUUCAUCGACGCCACCUCCAUCACCGAGUGCCUCCACUCGUUCUGCAAGACGUGCAUCGUGCGCUACCUGGAGUCCAGCAAGUUCUGCCCGGUGUGCGAUGUCCAGGUGCACAAGACCCGGCCACUCCUCAACCUCCGGUCCGACAAGACUCUGCAGGACAUCGUUUACAAGUUGGUGCCCGGUCUCUUCAAAGAUGAGAUGAAGAGGCGGAGAGACUUCUACGCGGAGCACCCGGAGGGAGACGAAGGGGCGGGGGAGUCGAGCGAGGCGCGGGGCGAGGUGGCGGACGAGGACAAGCAGAACAUCGCCGACGACGAGAUCAUCAGCCUCUCCAUCGAGUACACGGAGGGGCCGCCCAGCGACAAGGGCAGAAGCGAAGUGAAGCAAAACGGAGAGGAACUCCGCAAGCGCUACCUGCGCUGCCCGGCAGCCAUGACGGUUAUGCACCUGCAGAAGUUCCUGCGAAACAAAAUGGAGAUCCCACACAGCUACCAGAUUGAGGUUCUGCACGAGGAGGAGAGCCUCAAGGAUUACUACACCCUCAUGGACAUCGCCUACAUCUACGCCUGGCGACGGCAGAGCGGGCCCCUGCCACUGCGCUACCGCGUGCACCCGUGCUACAAGAGGCUCAAGCUCAGCCACGCGAUGGCCCCCCACGCGUCGGGAUUGGCUCCUCGCGAAACCGGCCAAUCGCAGCGGCAGCAGCAGCAGCAGCAGCAGCCGUGCUCCAGCGGCCAAUCAAAUGGCUCGUUGGGCAGCAGCGGCGGCGGCGGCGGCGAGCGCCCUGCUAUUCACCGCAACGGGUCGGAGGCGGCGACGGGAAGCGCCCGCCGCAACGGCAAAGCCAACGGGCAGAAGCUCGGACGGAGCGCUGAGCAGCAGCAGCAGCAGCAGCAGCACCGUCGCCAACAUCAGCAGCAGCAGCAGCAGCAGCGCCGUCGACACAGCCACCACGGCAGCGGCUGCGAUCGCCUGCGGGGUGCCGAGGAAGAGGAGGGCAACUCCGGGAGCGACUCCCGGAUGAACCCCCGUGCCGCCCCCCCCUCGUCCCCCCGAGUCGCCCCCCCCUCGUCCCCCCGAGUCGCCCCCCCCUCGUUGGGCCCCCCCUCGUCCCCCCGCACGAGCCCCCAGUCGACGACGCGUGACCACGCGUCUCCCGCCACGGCCGCGGCUCCGGCCACCGGCGCCCUCUCGCCGCCGCCGCCGGCGCCGCCGCCGUCUCAGCCGCUGGCGCUCAUCACGGCACGCCUGGUGGAUCGCAAGCAGCCGGGCGGUGGAGUGGAGCGCGUCGCGGCGCGGGAGGCCUCCGCCCCUGGGCCCCUCGCGAGUGGCCCCGCGAAUGGCCCGGAGAGUGCCUCUCGCGACUCCGAUGGCUCUUCGCGCGACGCGGGCGACGAUGAUUGA